AUGGGGCAGGGGCAACCCAAGCAGGGCCCUGCCCUCAAGGGGCCUCCAGCAACGCCUGCCCGCUGCCCCCUCCUCCACACCUGCCACAGCGAUGGGGCGCCCGGCCCCCCGGCCUCAGAAGCGCCUCAGCACAGCACCGGAGGCCCCUCGCGAGGCGAGCCGGGCGCGCUCCAGGCUUCUCCACCGCUUUCCUCCACCCACGUCCCUGCCUGGCCUUUAUCACCGUCCACCCCGGAGCCCAGCACAUGGCCAACUGGACUCCACCUGACACCGGGUCCUGGGGUCCGAGUUCACCCCCCACCUCGGGAGGCCCCACCAGGAAACACUGUGCUCGGCCAGCUGCCCCGGAGGCCACAGGCCAGGCACCCAAACCCACCCAGAGGCUGUCGCUGCGAAUGUCGGCCACGACUCGCAGGCUGCCAGGGCGUCAGGACUCGUGUGACAGACGUGCUGCAGCAAAACCGGAACUCACCUCAGAACACACACCGGCCUCGCGCCAGCGAACCGGACAUUUCGCUUCCAGUUCCUGGGCCUCAAACUUGCUCAGCCACCAAGACGUCCUAUUGGGAACCGGGAGCGAUCGCCAGCACAGACCACAGCCCCCCCAGCCGGCAGCCGGCCAGCCAGCCUGCAGAAAAAUGGAUGAAAAGGUGGUUUCAGCCCCACCGGCGUGCGCAGUGGCUGAGCGUCCACCUGUGAACCAGGAGGUCACGGUUCGAUUCCGGUGGGGGCAGGGGCCGGGUUGCGGCUCGGUCCCCAGUGGGGGGCGAGGAGGCGGCAGCCGA